AUGUUGUUUUCGUCUUUCUUUUAUAGCCUUGGGCUACCACUCCUUGUGUCUGGUUUGCAGAAGAACCUCAAAUCCGACAGCAACCUUCGUUAUCCGGAACAACGUGGACGUGGCUAUGACUACACCAGCUUUGAACCAGACCAGAACAAGCGCGCAGAUGAGAUUAUUGAGAUGUUCCGUUUUGCAUGGAACGGAUACUAUGAACAUGCCUUCCCUCAUGACUCUCUGCGACCCAAGUACAACAACUACACAGAUGAUCGCAAUGGAUGGGGCGUCACAGCUGUUGAUGGACUCGACACUGCUAUUCUGAUGGAGCAAACUGACAUUGUUGAAACAAUUCUCGACUUCAUACCUACUAUCAAUUUCACCAAAACGAAUACCCCAAAGCCUAGUUCUGUCAGCCUUUUCGAGACUAAUAUCCGUUAUCUUGGUGGUUUGCUGAGCGCAUACGAUUUGCUCAAGGGACCGUUCCGUCAUCUCAAGAUUGAUGAGAAGAAGGUUGAUACGCUACUCACCCAAGCCACGACACUAGCCGACACUCUCAAGUUUGCUUUUGACACACCAACCGGCAUCCCCUUGAACGACAUCUUUAUCGAGAACAGAACUUCCAGUGAUGGUAGUGAUAGUUUGACGCAAGAUGGACAGCGAACCACGGGCUUAGCUGUCAUGGGUUCGCUUGUUCUCGAAUGGCAACGUCUCUCCGAUCUGACUGGAGACCCUCAGUAUGGAGAACUUGCCAAUCGCGCUGAAGACUACUGGCUUUCACCUUCUUCGGAAGUGUGGCCUGGCCUCACAGGCGGAAACUUCAGUAUCGAAACGGGAGAAAUUCUGGACAACUAUGGAGGAUGGACAUCGGGUAACGAUUCAGCGUACGAGUAUCUUAUCAAGAUGUUCGUCUAUGAUCCCGAGCGCUUCGGUCACUAUGGUGAGCGAUUUACCAAAGCUGCCGACUCGACCAUCAAGCAUUUGGUCUCGCAUCCCUCCUCGCGACCAGAUUUGACCUUCGUCUCGACAUUUGCAGGCACAGAGCAGGUCAAUUAUACAGAGUUUCUUGCCUGCUUUAUUGGAGGUUCCUUCAUUCUGGGAAGCUCAGCCAUGGACCGCCCAGACUGGCUAGACUAUGGACUGUCAUUUAGCGAGUAUUGCGCCAACGGCUACCGAUACACCGCAUCGGGCAUUGGCCCAACACUGUACAGCUGGGAUACAGAUCUCCUGUCGCAGCCUGAAAACAACAACCAAACAGAGUUGUAUUCACGCGCAGGCUUUUUCAUUCCGGACGGCCUUUUCGCAGCUGGCCAAUCCCCAGAGGCGGUGGAGAGCUGGUAUUAUGCCUACCAGCAUACCAAGUCUCAGUACUGGCGCGACGUAGCUUGGGCCUACACCCUAGCGCAGAACAGGACGAUGCGUGUCGGUGACGGAUUUGCGAGCAUCAGCAAUGUGCUCUCUCCGUCUGGCGACGGACCCCGAGGGGGCAUCAUGGCUAGUUUCAUGCUCGCUGAAACACUCAAGUACCAAUGGCUGAUCCAGACAGAAAGCAAGGGCGAAUGGGACGUGUUGGGCGGAGACGAGGGAACUAAUCUGUUUGUUUACAACACUGAGGCUCAUCCGCUAAAGGUUGCUGCCCGGAGGCCUGUUUAA